AUGGAAUUCACGAUAAAUUCGAAAAUCGUUAAAAACGUCCUACAGUUACGAAAACAAAUUGAAGGUUCGGUGGUAAGUGAGAUCCGCAUCACUAACGAUACCUUCUCAUGCUAUGAUAAAGAAGGAAGGAUCGUAGAUCUUAAAUACGAUCAAGGAAUAACUACUGAACCAAUGGAACAAGCCCGGUUAUCCUUGUUCCUUAAUGAUUUAUGGCAAAUGGAGGUCCCAAUGCGAGUUCUUGAUAACGUGAAAGGGGAAACCUGGGAAGAUCAGAUUACAUUGUUAAGGGAUAAGAUUAAAAAUACUUGCCCUGAUCCGGUCAACCUUCUCCAAUAUUAUUACUUAUUGG